AUGGCCGAAGUCAAAAAGGAGUCUCCUACUCUCCAAGAGCUGCAGCAGCCCGUGCAGAAGCCUGUCAAGCUUACCAAGUGGAAGGCUAUCCACAAUGCCACUCUCCCCGCCGAGGGCUCGGGUGCGUUCAACAAUGUGCACCUCGCGAUCCUCGACCUCGCUGUCCCUUGGUUUGUGCAGCGCAUGAUCCCGUUCAAGACUGGAUGGAAGACAUACUGGUUCCUGUUUGCGCUCUUCUUCGUGCCCCUCACGAUCGGCUACUGGAUUAUCACGUCUCGCUUCGGCCCGCGCAAGAAUGAGCGCACCAAGCUGCCCAACCGCCCCCUGUCCGAGUACUACACGAUCAAGGACCGCGACCUCGCUGCCAAGUACGAGGGCAAGAAGAUGCCGAUGCAGGUGUUCCACGACGCCUACUUUGAGGGCAAGAUUGACUUCAACGGCGACGUGCUCGACGUCAUGGAGCAGCGCCACGACUGGUCGCUGUUUGAGCUCACGCCCGAGAACUUCCGCUACGUCCUGUUCAACCUGAUCCCCGACGUCAUCUUCCACACGCAGAAGCAGGACGAGGACCAGAUCCGCGACAACUAUGACCGAGGAGACGACUUUUACUCGUGGUUCCUUGGCCCCCGUAUGAUCUACACCUCUGGUGUUAUCCGCGACAUUAACCGCGAGGAGACGCUCGAGGAGCUCCAGGACAACAAGCUGAACAUGGUCUGCGAGAAGCUCGACCUGCAGCCCGGCGACCGCAUGCUCGACAUUGGCUGUGGCUGGGGAACCCUCAUUGCCCACGCUGCCAAGAACUAUGGUGCCGACGUCACUGGUGUUACUGUUGCCCAGACUGGUGCCGCGUUCGCCGAGCGCCGCCUGCGCGAGAACGGUGUUCCCGAGUCGCAGGGCCGCGUGCUGUGCAUGGACUACCGCGAGAUCCCGAACAAGAAGGGCUACUACAACAAGAUUUCCUGCCUCGAGAUGGCCGAGCACGUCGGCCUGCGCCGCUACUCGACCUUCCUGAAGGAGCUCUACGACCUGCUGGACGACGACGGAGUGCUCGUGUUCCAGGUGGCCGGUCUGCGCAAGCAGUGGCAGUUCGAGGACCUGAUCUGGGGCAUCUUCAUGAACAAGUACGUCUUCCCCGGAGCCGACGCGAGCAAGAACCUCGGCUGGGUCAUUGAGCAGCUCGAGGGCGCCGGCUUCGAGGUCAAGAGCAUCGACGUCCUCGGCGUGCACUACUCGGCGACCAUCUGGCAGUGGUACAAGAACUGGCUCUCGAACCGCGACAAGGUCGUCGCCAAGUACGGCGAGCGCUGGUUCCGCAUCUGGGCCUACUUCCUUGCCUACUCUGUCAUUGUCGCUCGUCAGGGCUCCUCGUCCGUCUUCCAGAUCACCCUGCACAAGAACCUCAACGCCUUCGACCGCUGUGGCCAGAUCCCCACCCACGCCGCGACCCAGGCCCCCGUCCGCCGCGAGAUCAAGCCCGUCGAGUCGCACCGCGAGUUCUGGCCCGAGAUGUACGGUGGUGCCGCUAAGCCUGUCGCUGCUUCGGUCCCCGCUCCGGCCGCCUCCAAGCCCGCCGCGGCCUCGGCCGAGCCCACCCUCUCGGCCGCCUCAACCGCCGCUCUUGGCGGUCUCUCGUCUGCCGCUGCUGCCCCCAAGCCCGCCCAGAACGCCUUCGCGGCCUCUGAUGCCGCGUACGAGUCCAAGCUCGACGACACGUUCGACCCGACCCCGAUCUCGGCCCAGAACGCGUUCGCGCCCAAGGCCCGCGCCGAGACGGACUUUGCGGCCGCGGUUGUGCCCGACGAGGUCAAGGCGGUCGCGGCCGAGCCCAUCGUCCCCGUCGUGCCCAAGGUCGAGGACGCGGAGGGCGCCGAGGUCAAGGGCUCUGCUAUCUAA